UCCUCCUUAACCCAAUCAAGCCGGCGCCUCCUUCCUGCACUGACCUUCACCGCCUCACGUUCUCUUCGAAAGAGAGCAGAGCGCGGCCCCUCAUUCCUUCCUCCAUGCUAAUCUGAAACUUCGAAACUGAGAGCAGAGCACGUCGCUGUUCGCACUCGCCGCUCAGAUAAAGGUUCACGUUGCCGUCUGCCUCUCUCUUGCGUUGCUGUCAAGGUUCGAUUUACUCCUCCAGGUCUUUCCUUUGAUUUUAACGCCAGAUAUUUGUAAUCAUUGAGACACUGUUUAAUCAACUGUAGUUCUCCAGUAAAUUCGACGCACUUUACAAUAUAAGCAGAAGAUUCUACAACACAACUCCAAUGGCUAAAGGCCCUGCCUUUUCUCUGCUUCAAAUUUGUAAUCGUAAAAGAAGUGUUUCAAGGCUUCCAGCUCUUCUUUUGAAUCAUUAUCACAGUUAUGUAGGGCAACCUGAGGGUCCCCUUACCUCAACUUAUAAUGUGCUGGUUCAUCCUUUUUCGACCCGGUUGGUAAACCCACUAACUCUGAUAUAUUUUAGGUCAAGUUCAAAGGUUUAUAGUGGAAAAAUUCUAUUCCCUAGGUCAUUUUCAUCAUUGGAUGACAGCGACAAUGAUGACAUGAAGGAUAGUACCCUUGCCGAAUCAGAUUUUGAAUACGAUGCAGAUUCUGGGAAGCCUGUCGAUUUUGAACUUGAAAAUGAUGAUAAUGCAGGUGUUUCUGCUAUGGAUGAAGCCAAGGAUAAUGCAAAUGAUGCAUGUAGUUCGUCAGUUCUUGAAUUGGAAAAUGAUGGAAAUAACCUUGAUGCUGAUGGAUUAACAAAAAGUGAAAAAUAUGUGCAAAUGGCAUCUUGUGAUCCAGUAAACUUGUACCAUCAGCUUUGUAAUGCUAAAGGGGGUCCAAACAUGGAUAAAGAAGAUUGGGAAACUAUGCAGGAAGUGUUUCGUUACUUUGCCAGUUCUGGGUGGGCAUCCAAUCAGGCUCUUGCUAUUUACAUUGGUUUGUCAUUUUACCCCACUGCCGUGCACAAGUUCCGGGAUUUUUUUAUCAUGGCAUGUCCGGCUGAUCUUGCUAAUUUCAUAGUGUCACUUGGUCCGUCUGAUGCUGCUGUGAAGUUUUUGUUCCCUAUAUUUGUUGAAUAUUGCUUAGAAAAGUUUCCUGAUGAAAUCAAGAAGUUCCGGACAAUGUAUGAGUCGGCAGACCUCAGAAAACCGGACACUUGGUUUCCCUUUGCACGGGCUAUGAAACGAAAGAUAAUUUAUCAUUGUGGGCCGACGAAUAGUGGUAAGACAUAUAAUGCUUUACAACGAUUUAUGGGAGCAAACAAGGGAAUUUAUUGUAGUCCACUCAGAUUAUUGGCUAUGGAAGUUUUUGACAAGGUCAAUGCACUGGGGGUUUACUGCAGUCUCCUUACUGGGCAAGAAAAGAAGUAUGUCCCAUUUUCCAGUCAUGUUGCAUGUACUGUGGAAAUGGUUUCAACAAAUGAAUUGUAUGACGUGGCUGUUAUUGAUGAAAUUCAGAUGAUGGCAGAUCCAUAUAGAGGCCAUGCAUGGACAAGAGCACUGCUUGGAUUGAAGGCUGAUGAGAUACACCUAUGUGGAGAUCCUAGUGUAUUGAAUAUUGUUCGAAAGAUAUGCCAAGAAACUGGGGAUGAAUUGCGUGAGCAACAAUAUGAGAGGUUUAAACCAUUAGUGGUUGAGGCAAAGACCCUUCUAGGAGAUCUUCGAAAUAUUCGGUCUGGUGAUUGUGUAGUUGCGUUCUCAAGGAGAGAGAUAUUUGAGGUUAAACUGGCCAUUGAGAAACACACCAAACAUCGUUGUUGUGUCAUAUAUGGAAGCUUGCCACCAGAAACUCGGAGACAGCAAGCUAGCUUGUUUAAUGAUCAGAGUAAUGAGUAUGAUGUUCUAGUUGCUAGUGAUGCAGUGGGGAUGGGCCUUAACCUCAAUAUUAGAAGGGUAGUUUUUAAUAGCCUUUCAAAGUAUAAUGGUGACAAAAUUGUUCCUGUUCCAGCAUCACAAGUUAAGCAAAUUGCCGGAAGAGCUGGUAGAAGAGGAUGUAUUUAUCCAGAUGGACUCGCCACCACCUUGCAUUUAGAUGAUUUGGAUUACUUGAUUGAUUGUUUGAAACAACCUUUUGAUGAUGUUAAGAAGGUGGGUCUUUUUCCUUGUUGUGAACAGAUUGAAUUGUUUGCUGGAAAACUUCCCAAUCUAACAUUUUGCCAGCUGCUUGAAAAAUUUGGUGAAAGUUGUCGUUUGGAUCAUUCAUACUUUAUGUGUCGAUAUGAUCACAUAAAGAAAAUUGCUAAUAUGUUGGAUAAGGUUCCAGGAUUAUCUUUGAAAGAUCGGUUUAACUUCAGUUUUGCUCCUGUUAAUGUUAGAGAUCCAAAAUCAAUGUACCACCUACUAAGGUUUGCUACAACUUACAGUCAGAAUGCCCCAGUCAAUGUAGCUAUGGGUAUGCCAAAAGGUUGUGCUCAGAAUGAUGCAGAACUUAUUGACCUGGAGACUAGGCAUCAGGUGCUAUCUGCCUAUUUGUGGUUGUCAAACCAGUUUAACGAGGAUAAUUUUCCGUAUGUGAAGAAGGCUGAGGCAAUGGCCAAUGACAUUGCUAAGUUACUUGGUCAAUCUCUUGCCAGAGCUAAUUGGAAGCCACAAUCAAGGGGUAAUGCAGCAAAAGGAAACACUGCCAAAAUGGAAGGUCAGCCAGCAUCAAACAAUGCAGUGAAACUAAAAACCGAAAAAAAGGGUUAUGGUUACACAAGGCCACGGUCGCCCAUUAAAUUAUUUAACAAGAAACAUCAUGAAAAGUCCUUGCAGCUUGAGUAGUCAGACAAAGCAGCUGCUUGAUGUAGCUACUUUUGAGGAAAGAGUCGAAGAUCAGUGAAUUAUUUCAAAAAGAUCAGGAUAUUUUUGCAUGAAUUGCAUCAAAUGUUAGAGAUAGAGAACUGCACAAUGAGCUAGUGGGCUGGCCAAGCCUUUGAAAUAGGCCACGGACGCUGACAAACCAAAUUAGAGGCAUCCUGCAUUCCACUGCCCAUUGUUUUAUUGUAAGGAAUGAGGUGUGCCCCUCCUGUACUUUGACGUGGACUGUGAAAUUAUAUAUAUGUUGUAUUCUGCUGGCAAUAUUGCUUGGAGGAUCCCAUCAUAUCAAUGGCCCUUCUCACAGCUAACAUCAUCUUGUAAAGGAACGAAAACAAAAGGGGGCAAACACUAAACAUGUUUCACUUUUGCAUGUUUUGAUGCAUUAUCAUUUUUCCAUGAUACCAUCAUUCCAUGACCAAAGAGUUCAAUGUUGUAGCUUUAAGUAGUCUGUAUUUUUAUGUAAUUAUAUUUUUGCCACCUUUUUAUGUAAUUAAUAUUUCUUAUUAAAGUAGGGAUAGAAAUCAUUGUAAAGCUUGUUUGUUCUUUAAUAAUGAUACUUUUAGUCCAUUA